AACGAUGCUGGCAACACACAUACUAGCAUGCACCGGCUUAGCUGGAUCCAUGGUGGAUGUGCUUAGGGGUACCGAGGAGGACGUACAAAAUACCCACCGCCAUGAUUCCGCUGAUGGCCACUUUUUUCUGCACACUCAUUUGCAGCUUGACGAUCCGAGGAAAGGGGAUGAUCCAGAUGAUGAAGUCAUUCAGCAUGUUGAGGAUGCCCGCUGCCAGGAAGAAUCGGUCCACGUCGAUGCAUUUGCCGCUUGUCGCGCUCAAUUGCGUCCAGAAAUAUGUGACGGGCUUGCACGAAUUGCUCAUGGUCACCCAAACGAUGAUCGAGUAGGAGAGUGUCAGGAAAGCGCCGAACAACAGUGCAACUUUCAAUAUCGGCUUCAGGGGCGAGAAGAGUCCCCAGUAGAAGCAAAGAAUGGAGAGUCCGGUGCAGGUGCAGGAGGAGGCGUAGAUGAAGGUAUAGGAGAGUAAAAGCUACUUCCUAACCCAUCAGCACAGGGGAACCGCUUGUUGGGGAAAAGGGGAAUUUUCGACUGACCCGGUAAAGGUGCAUCAGUUCCUCCAGUGUGACGGAUCAAAUGUGCUCCCAGCUUGCCAUCGUUGCAGCCCACCGCGGUAUAUCCCGCAAGUAUCAUCAUAUUAGCGUUGGCGUUCCCACUUUUAUUGAGUAGGUAGUUAUUUCGCCAACGACGGAUAGCCUCAACAUCACAGCCGAGGUCCGAGCCGAGAAGAGAGGCUCCGAUGUUGCAGAUAUUAUAGCACAGAGAGCCGGUCAAACUUGUUUUAAGUUUAAAGGGCCUCAAAGUUUCAGUUUUGAGCAAACAAGACGAGUCCACAG